CGCUUAUACUGAGAAGACCCUCCGAGUCUGCGGCAACAUCUCGCCUUCGUGUUCGUUCUACUAUUUUCUCCAAUUCCAUUUCCAUCGGGAACCUCCAAAUCUCUCGGAAAACUCCGGCCAAAUCUCUCCAAAUCCAUCUCCAUGGAAUUAUCCCUCACAUUUCAGCUCUCUCAUCACGUUUCUCCGCUUCAGUAUUGUUGAUGGUAAUUUCCUUCUGUUCUUGGACAGGACGUUUGUUGAGUUUCUUUUCCAUCCACUACAGACUGCAUAAAUUCUGUGGUUUGGUUGAGUGUGUGGCCUUUGAUUUCCACAUAAGUAACCAAAUUUGUAGAACGCAGAAAUGGCUUUAAGAGCGAUCUUGGUAAAGAAAAGACACUUUUUCAAUUCUGAGAAUCUGUCUGCCAGCUUAUAUCUAAGGUUCUCCAGAUUUGAACAUGGGCAAGCAUCUCAAGCUGAUGAGUUACCGAAGUUGGGCUGCAUUUCCAACCCCCUACAUGUAGCUAUUGAAGGAGGAUGUGAAGAGGGCUCAUCUUCAGUUGUUAGGAAGGAUCUUUUACCCUUUCCAGCUGCAGAAUAUUUUCGAAGCAAUCUUAUUAAACCUCAAAUUUUUGGUCAUGGAAUUGGAAGAGGAAUGUCAGCUUCCUAUAAGGGUUAUAGAUAUGUUUUACAACUUUCGCAAUAUUCUACCACCGCCACGGCUGGUCAACCUGAAUUUGGUGGCGACAAUGCUAGAAAUGAAAAGCCAGCUACUAAGAGGGUUAAAGAGCCGUCACCAGAAGAGUGUGAUCAAGCAGUUGAAGGUUUGAGUACAGUUAAAGCACAAGCUAAACAGAUGCAAGAGUCCCAGAAAAGUUCGGAAUCUUUGUUGAAAAGCAUAUGGGCUAAGCUUCUAGGAAUUGGUCCUGCUUUGAGAGUCAUUGCUUCUAUGAGCAGAGAAGACUGGGCUAAGAAGCUUCACCAUUGGAAAGAUGAAUUUAAAUCUACAAUGCAGCAUUAUUGGUUGGGUACAAAACUAUUAUGGGCUGAUGUUAGGAUCAGCUCGAGGUUAUUAGUGAAACUUGCAAGUGGGAAGGGUCUUUCUCGAAGGGAGAGGCAGCAACUCACACGCACCACAGCUGAUAUUUUCAGGCUAGUUCCUUUUGCAGUUUUUAUUAUAGUUCCGUUCAUGGAGUUCUUAUUGCCAGUCUUCCUGAAAUUAUUUCCCAACAUGUUACCGUCAACCUUCCAGGACAAGAUGAAGGAACAGGAGGCAUUAAAAAGAAGGCUAAAUGCUAGAAUAGAGUAUGCUAAGUUUCUUCAGGAUACUGUAAAGGAAAUGGCCAAGGAAGUCCAAAACUCCAGAAGUGGAGAAAUUAAGAAGACAGCGGAAGACCUUGAUGAAUUCAUGACUAAGGUAAGAAAGGGUGCCCCUGUUAACAACGAGGAAAUUGUGGGAUUUGCCAAGUUAUUCAACGAUGAGCUUACAUUGGAUAAUAUAAGCAGGCCUCGGUUGGUGAAUAUGUGCAAAUACAUGGGUAUCAGUCCAUUUGGUACUGAUGCAUACUUGCGCUUUAUGCUGAGGAAAAGACUGCAAGAGAUUAAGAACGAUGAUAGGAUGAUUCAGUUGGAGGGGCUGGAAUCUCUAUCAGAAGCAGAGCUUCGGCAAGCCUGUAGAGAACGAGGUUUACUUGGAUUGCUUUCCGUUGAGGAAAUGAGAAAACAGCUGCGUGAUUGGCUGGAUUUAUCUCUCAACUACUCUGUACCAUCUUCCCUCUUGAUUCUUUCUAGAGCCUUCUCUGUGUCUGGAAAGGUGAGACCAGAGGAAGUUGUACAAGCAACACUUUCCUCUCUGCCGGAUGAAGUUGUGGAUACCGUCGGGGUCACAGCUUUGCCAUCUGAAGAUACUGUUUCAGAAAGAAGAAGGAAAUUGGAGUUCCUAGCAAUGCAAGAAGAAAUGAUCAAGGAGGAGGAGGAAGAAGAAGAAGAGGAGCUGGCUAAGAUGCAAGAAGCUGCUGGUAGUCAAAAGGACGUAGCAUUAGAAGAGAUGACAAGUCCGACUACUGGAGAAGAGCCGAAAGAAAAAACAAAAACAUUGGAGAAGCAAGAGCAGCUAUGUGAACUCAGCCGCGCACUGGCUGUUUUAGCAUCUGCAUCUUCGGUCAGCAGGGAACGUGAAGAGUUCUUACAGCUUGUAAAGAAAGAGAUAGACCUAUACAACAGCAUGGUCAAGAAGGAGGGUACAGACGGUGAAGAAGAAGCAAGAAAGGCUUACAAAGCUGCAAGGGAGGAUACCGACCAGGCCGCUGAGAUGACUUUAGGUCGCAAGGUUUCUUCAGCACUUAUUAACAGGAUUGAUACAAUGCUUCAUAAGCUUGAAAAGGAAAUUGAUGAUGUCGAUGCCAAGAUUGGGGAUCGUUGGCGAUUGCUGGACAGGGAUUAUGAUGGCAAAGUGACAGCUGAGGAGGUUGUAUCUGCUGCUAUGCAUCUUAAGGACACCUUGGGCAAGGAGGGAAUUCAGGAAAUUAUCAGCAGUCUCUCCAAGGAUAGAGAAGGAAAGAUUCUCGUUGAGGACAUUGUCAAAUUAGGCAGUGCAACAGAGGAUGCAACAGAAGAUGCCAAUGCGUCUGAAGCAGGAGGAAAGUCAUAAGGGAACUUUGGCAAGUUGACGGUACACUUCAGUUUUGCUCUUUUCAACUCAUGAAGUAUUAUUAGUUUCAAUGUCCAUGAGAUUGCUUUUUUGUUCCAUUAGUUAAAUGACAGUAAUACCAACUGUAAUGAAGAUCACAAUAAAUAAGAAAAUUCUUUCAAGGCAAUAAUAAAUUGUUCUUUUGAGGAAA